AUGGCUCCGACAGAUGACUACGUGCUUGGCAAGUCUCUGUCUGAUUCUGUCCGGGGGGUUCUAGAUCUGGCAAAAGAGCUUCCCCAAACAUCUCAACUCCACGGGUUUGAUAUCUCGGAUGAUCAGUUCCCCUUGCGGAGACUUUGGCCACACAAUGUUACCCUACGGACCCUGAGCUCCUUGGAGGACCCACCGCCACCACUGGCUGGGCAGUACGAUGUAGUACACAUCCAAAUGUGGGCAAGCACUAUAAAGGCUGGAGAUGUUGAGCCCUUAAUCUCGCAUGUUGUCAAGUUGUUGAAGCCUGGUGGAUAUAUCCAAUGGGAAGAGGCAGACUUAGUGCAUCCGGUCAUUAAAGGUGCCAAGGCUCAAAAGUUUGGGGAGAAGGUGCCAGUCUUGUUUCGGAAAGCGCAUUCCUUGUACUCUAAUCACGGAUUAUACGGCUGGGCAUCGGACAUCCAUAACCGCUUGCAGCAGGCCAUUCUUACUAUAUUGUCAUCGAAAAGGGACAACUUUCAAUCUUUUCUCGCCCAGAAGUGUACUGAAACAUAUUUGCUAGCCCUUGCAGAGAUAUUUCGUGGUAUCCGAACGACCUGUGUGGAAGACCUCUUACCAUUGCUGAGCGAGUGCGAGACGGAGCUGCAAGAGCUUUGUGCACUGCGUAACAAGGAAAUGGUGUACAACUGGUCCCCCAUUAAGGUGCUUGCCCAGAAGGGAGAAUGA